CUCUUGCAAGGAUGGAUGGAUGGAUGGAGUGUUGUUCGAUCUUGUUCGUCACUUUCUUUUCUUUCCAUUAUUCGCCUUCACCUCUUGGAUGAAGCAAUUCAUAAUUUGACUUCAAAUCUACGAGACGUGGUGUUGGUUGGUUGUGGUCUUUGGAGCAACUCGUAACAACAAGUGACGCCAAAUGAGCAACCACCAUGAAGAAUGAAGAGCAUCAGAGCAAACCCGCAGAUUCAAGACAUCAUUCAGAAAUUCAAUCAGAAAUAUAACAACUACGGCUCUUCCCAACCCAACAAUAACAACAAUGGGGCUGUAGCUAGUGUCAUAAGCAAAAGAAUUCAGCGCCUCAACAAUCACAACGGUCGGUCGAAGAAGGCUCAGACGUCAUCGCUCACGUCCAUCUCAGUUCCUUCCUCAUUAAAUCCAACAGGUUUGCUACAUUAUUCAGCUACAACUCUAGACCACGAGGACAGUGAUCCUCCUCCGGAAAGAGGUCCACUUCCAUCCGAGGUCAAACAGAACAACCUCUUGUUGAUCCAAAAACCAGGGGAACGUGAGAAAAAUAAGUCGUGCGUGCCCAGGGGGUUCAAAGAAGAUACGAAAACCAAAAAUAAUAAACAUCCCAAUAGUAGUGGUGGUGGUGCUGGUGGUAUUAGUGGUAGUGGCUGGAGAACUCGAUGUUUUAAGAAGAAGCUCACUACUCGGAAAGAUCUCACACGAAAGGUUCCAACUGCACGGGAAUCCCUGUCCGAGCAUGAGCUUCCCACCUCUUGUUCAUGUUCCGAGGCCGACGAGAUCGACCGGGGUGUGAUUUUGAAUCCAAAGUGUUGGUGUGAGAUGGAAACAUCAACAUAUGAACCCAUCGGUAGUCCCUCCACUGGGUCAGAAAAGGAUCCCUCAACCUCCAAAUUGAAUCCCAUUGUGAAGCCUGGCCACCAAGGCGCAAGGACCCAAAUGGACGGCUCAACUUCGUUUGUGUCUGCCACCCAAACCGACUUAGAGGAUGGUCAAGAGCUUUAUGACAAGAAGGUGGACGUAAGGAACACUCAAAUUGUGAUGGGCGUCAACGUGAACCCAAAUUUCGAGGGCGGCGAUUACUUGGAUAGCCAGUCGAAGAGGAAUGAAGGCCUAGAUCCCGAACGAAGGGCAAAGCCUCUCUUUGGCCAGGCCGGACAGAGCCAAAAGAACCCGAAACAACGCACCAAAAGAACCAAGAGCACCAAGACCCGAGCAUCCAAUAUGGUCGAAUCCGAUAACGACAGUGAGGAGAAAGAUAGGGAUGUGGAGUCGGGUUCUAUCAGAGAGACAAUGAAUCAAGAUGCAGGUCAAGCGAAAUCCGAACCAGAUCCCAACCGACGACCGCGGCCCAAUUUAAAGCGGGAUGACUCCUUUGCUGGACUCAAUUUUGACAUCGUCACCGUUGGUAGUAAAUCAAGGAAAACACAAAAGAAGGAGAAAAAAGGCCGAGGCAAAGGAUGGAGCAAGUCCAAGAUAUUGCUACUUUUGUGGACCAUCGUUGGAUUGGUGCUCUGGGUUAUUGUCUACAUGAUUCUGAGAUUAUUUUUAAUUAUCUAAUUUCUUCAUAUCAAGUGUCUAGUCUCACCGUUUUUGUAUGAUCAACUUGAAUUUGUUCAAAGAGGGGAUAAUCAAGGAAUCAAAUUUAUAUAUGUCCAACCAAAUUCUCCGUGCGUUUUAGUUUUCAUAAAUCCAAAAUUUGCUUUGAUAUC